GUCCUACGAGAUCGUUCGUGGUGCAGUAGAGACGGGAAAUUCCGGUCUCCAUUUAUUACAAAGUUCUAUUACGCGUUCAGAAUAUAAUAAGAGACUUUAUUCCCAGUUGAGAAUUUAAUCCAACGGUGAACAUAGAGUUGAAUACCAUGGCUGCGAGGAUGACUGUCACCCUGCAGGCAACCCUCUUGGUACUGGCUGCAGUUCUUUACCAAGGGGAAGCUUUGCGUUGCUGGCAUUGUUCUUCGAACAGCAGCCCUGAGUGUGGCGAUGUGAUAACUUACAGCGAACACAACCGCCAGUUUCACACUUCAGAUUGCGAUGCAGAGAUGCGGCAGAACCCGUACACCUUCGGCAGGCCUGUCUGCAAAAAAAUCGUCGAAAUAAAGAACGGAGAUCGUGUCGUGAUUAGGAAAUGUGACAGUCCUCUUCCGGAAGAACGAGAUAUCACUGAUGGGGUUUGCUCAACUGCACCAUCUCCCAGCCACGUCACCGUGGAGUCCUGCCACGUGUGUAGCACCGACCUUUGCAACGGUGCCCAUUCUGCUUUGGGCCAUGCAUCAGUAAUGACGUCGCUACUCUUUUUUGGAAUACCAAGCAUCCUCUUCGCUUAUCGUUGGAGCUAUUAGAUUUCUUCGUUUUUUUUUUUGUAAAAAAGAGAUUUUUUUUUAUUCGCAGUAUGUGCAUAUAGCUAUGUAUAAUUAAUAAGGAAACUGAAAAAAGAAUUAAGUUUUCGAAAUUGUAUUUAAUGUAGAAUCUGCGCUAGACGGCGGCGUUGGUUAGACUAAUUAGAGCCAAUGAUUUAAGACGCUUAGAUGCGGCUAUUGUACAAACCGAGUUUAAAUCCCAUUGAAAUGACGGUGUAGAUGUUGUAUAAUGAUUAACCGCUUUACUUAAUUCACAAAUAUUACGGAUGUAAUCAAAUUUGCGGUGCGUCGGAAUAUGUUUAUAAUAUUUUUCGUAACAGUGUACUUCUAAUCUUAAGAAUUAAUGUUUUAAGGAUCUAAUUCUUUGUAGAUGUAGAGACUCUUACUUAAUUGUGAAUAGGCCGUCAUCUGAUGUUAUACUCUUUGCUUACUCCUCUCAGCUGUUCUUUUCUGUCCUGCUCUUCAACUGACUUGAGAACAACUUAUCAGAGUCCGUCCAAAGCGUAUAUUCUAGAUGUAGUGAAAUAUUCACGUUUUUCACUUUUCAAAGAGUGACGAAUUUAAUGUUUUUACAGUGAUCACAAUUCAGGUCCUAACAAUUACAUUUUGUUCCCAAUGCGUUAAGUCAUAGUUACUCGUGUAAAAACCUUAUUAAAAAUAAUAAAUCAAUGUUAGAAUCGAAAA